AUUUGAUUUUAAUGGUUUUUAUAAUGUUACAAAAAUCCAAAUUUACAAUUAAAUUUAUGGACCUUUGUCAAAUCUUCUUUCUGUAAAAUUCUUUUUAUGUGUAAGUCUUACAAGGGUUGUUGAAAUACGUAUGGUUUCAGUUUGAAAUCAUUAAGUCGAAGCUAGUGUUUUCUAUGUGAACAUGCACUUUCUGCGCACGCAGAGCGGCACGCAGACUAUUUGUGUAUGUGCACAUAGAAUGGAUAUUGUUGCUGCUCACUCACUUGGUGAUGGUUCAUGCAUCAUACCGGAAAGAGGCAUCAUUUGCAUAGUUCCCGCAUUACAUAUGGCAUUUAUUUUUAUAUAUCUUCAUAUUUCAAGAGUUUAGGAGAAUCAUAUUUUUAGAUAAUGCCAAACCACUUUCAUAGUCAUACAUUAUACAUAUUUACCUUAGUAGUAACCAUAGCAAAUCAUAUAAUACUAUUAAUAGCAUUCAAACUGAUCUGUUAUGGAUAAUAAUUAUUUUAAUUAUUAAUUCAUGUGUAGUUAUAGCAAAUGAUACUACUUUGCAUAUUCCAGCUGUAAGAAAAUAUGUUUGUCUCUUAAACAUUUGUAGUUGAUUUUAAUGAUCAUAUAAAUAUUGUCAUUAUUACUUUCAAUGUUUUUAUCAUCAAUUUAGAUCAAAUUUAGAUCAUAAUUAUAAUAAUUAAUCAUAAUUAAUUGGAAGUUUCAUAAUUACAGUAUACUAACAUAGAUGAUAAUAUUGCUAAAUAUCUACCAUUAUUUUCUAAUAUUCUAAUACGUCAAACAUAUAUGACAUGGUAUGAGAUUUUCAAUGUAAUAGAUGGUCGUUGCUGGAUUUGCUGCACAUACUGACCUUGAAAGGUCACACGAAAUAGCCAAUGAGGUCCGCAGACUGAACAAACAGCUAAAGGAGUGCCAGGGCUUGUCAACUAUGUACAACAACAGAGAAAGGCUCUUUGAGAUGCCUCCAACUAAUUAUGAUAAGUUAGCCAAGCUUAUCAAAGACUUUGAGCCAUUCAAAAACCUAUGGAUGACAGCCUCUGAUUGGCAGAAGUGGUACGACAGCUGGAUGAAUGAUCCAAUCACAAGCAUUGACUCUGAACAGUGUGAGAAACAGGUGAUGGAUGCCUUCAAAACAAUGCACAAAUGUGUGAAAAUCUUCAAGGAUAUACCUGCGGUUCAGUUGAUAGCUGAGAAGGUCCGAAGUGACAUAGAUGACUUCAAGCCAUUUAUUCCCCUGAUCCAGGGUCUGCGUAAUCCCGGAAUGCGCAGCAGACAUUGGGAACUAUUGUCCGCAGAGCUUGGCUUUAAGAUUCUACCAAAGGCAUCAUUGACAUUCAAAAAAUGUCUGGAAAUGAAUCUUCAAGAACACAUUGAGAAGAUUUCAAAGGUCGCAGAGGUCGCCGGCAAGGAGUAUUCUAUUGAGCAGGUGAUGGCACAUAAUAAUGUUUUGUUUAAAAAACAAUAUUUUGGUGGCU